AUGGUUCCUCCAGGGUGGACUCUGGUAGCUGUCUUAAUUUCUCUUGUCUCAGUUCUAGGCCCAGUUGGUUCUGUUUCAACCUCUGAUACCCAUCAAAAUGUGUGUAAGACCUUCGGCAGUGGAGUCAUCCAGAUGUUCAACGGAACUGUAUUCUACGUCCGCUCCACCUGUCCGUUCACGCUGACACGUUUUACUCACAACCGGGUGGACUGUGACAUCACCAUGCGUCGAGGUGAAAACGGCCUGCUGGAAUAUAUCGAGAUCAACGUCAACAAGAUCCAGACCCGGAUUCUGUACAAUGGAACCAUCUUCGUCGAGCAGAGAAUGGUGUCCCUUCCCUACGAUCACACCUAUCAACAUGUGUUCCAGUACGGUAUCAACACCAAGCUGAGGAGCACUGUUCUACCUCUGUCUGUCAUCUGGAGCAGUGUGGGCGUGGGCAUCGACUCUCUCUGGGUGCAACUGGAGCAGGAGCUAGUCCUUGGAAUGACUGGACUCUGUGGACGACCAGAUAUACUAGAUGACCGUCAGCGAUUGAUUGCAGAGAGUGUUCUUUCAGGGGACGGGUGCCAGACCAUGGACUCCCUCCGCACUAAGAGCACGGUCUGUCAGAAGUUCAUCUCCAACUACAUUGAAUGUCUGCAGGCUAACACAAGCAAAUACAUGACUCUUUGUAAUGAGAAUAUUUACGGAUAUGAAAAAGAGCAUUAUGUAGGAUGUGCGUUCUACAAAGAAAUUGCCCAUCGGUGUCAGACCAGCUACGCUUGGAGGACCUUGACACACUGCCCUGAGUUCAAUUGCCCAGGAGAACUACACUUUGAGGAGCAGGGUGAUGCAUUUGUUCCCACCUGUUCCAACCCAGCACCUAGAACCAAUGAUCAGGACAUCACCAGCACCUGUGUCUGCCCCCAAGGUGAGGUAUUGAACGAUCGAGCGGAGGGCCAUGACUGUGUAAGUGUGUCAGCCUGCCCAUGUGUGUACGCCGGGAGGAACUAUGCACCUAGGGAAGAACGCAGAACAAAAUGCCAGACCUGUGUGUGCAACAAUGGCAAGUGGAUAUGCUCUCAGAACAGCUGCCCUAGUAGGUGUGUGAUUGAAGGGCAGUUUGUGACCACGUUCGAUGGGAAACAGUAUGCCCUUCCCGGUAAAUGCACAUACAUGGCCUCUAAGGGCUUUAAUUGGACGAUAUCCAUACAUUUUUCUGAGAGGACGUCCUCCAUCCAAAACGUGUUUCUUCAGAUUUACCAGGUACUGUUUGUCUGUUUAUUCUCUCACAACAGUGUACAGUUUGAGAAAGAGGAAAUUCGAGAGCUACAUCAGUCAGACAAUGCCAUGGUGUUCUGGCAGUCAUCCAUGUAUGUUCAGGUAUUGACAUCCUCUGGCAUGAAGAUCCAAGUACAGAUGUCUCCAGACCUCCAGCUCUAUAUCACACUACCACAGAGUGAAGUAGGGAUGCCAGAAGGACUUUGUGGAAACUACAAUACCGAUACCACUGAUGAUUUCACCACAAGCAGUGGUAUUGUAGAAAAUGCAGCGGAACCGUUUGCGCUGUCCUGGAGUGUAGGGGACUGUCCUGUUAACAUACCUAAAGUCUGCAUCAACUCCGACAACGAAAUAUUUGCAGAUGAGAAGUGCCACCCCUUGAGAGACCCCAGUGGGAUUUUCGCCAAGUGCUACGAUCACGUGCCUACUGACAAUUACCACAAGGCUUGUAUCCAGAGAACGUGUACCUGUGGAACUGGGCUGCAGCAGUGUUUGUGUGUGGCCCUGGCAAAUUAUGCCAAAGCCUGUGCCAACCAGGGCAUCACAGUGGGUGACUGGAGAAGGGCCACCAACUGCACGGUAUCGUGUGAGAACAAUCAGAGGUUUGACUACGAAAUGCAGGUGUGCAACAGCACCUGUCUCUCCCUAUCCCGGCCAGACCCCAGGUGUGGGGUGGAGGAUGCACCUGUGGAGGGCUGUGGCUGCCUGGAGGGCACUCAUCUGACCGGGGGGCUCACCUGUACCCCGAAGGCCCAGUGUCCAUGUCACCAUCAGGGAGGAGUCACACCACCAGGACCUGUUAUCAUUGAUGGACGACAGUGCAAAUGUGAGGAUGGAGAAUUGCUGUGCUCUGAAGAUUGUGGUUGCACCCAGGGGAAGGUUUGUGUGCAUUGCUCACAAUUUUCAAUAGACACAGCUCAAACAACAUGUGCCAGUCUGAGCAAACCAACAAGUGCUGUUCAGAGUUGUACAAGUGGCUGUUACUGUCCAGGGGGCCAGUUGGAAGACCAUUGGGGUAUGUGUGUCACUGUGGACAACUGCACCUGUCAGUACAGCGGCAGAGUGUUCAAAGCGGGACAGAGUGUCAAGACCAACUGUAGAACAUGCACCUGCCACCAUGCCCAGUGGAGCUGUGUAGAUGAACCAUGCCCUGGUACAUGCCUGGUGUAUGGAAACGGACACUAUCAAACCUUCGACUCUAAAUGGUAUCGCUACGAUGGGAAUUGUCAGUACACAUUAGUGGAGGAUGGCUGUGGUAGUGAAGCUGGGUCGUUUUCUGUCAAAGUGGAGAGUGUCCCGUGCUGUGACGAGGCUCUGACCUGUUCCCGGACCAUCGUGUUAGACCUGCUGGGUAAUGUCACUCUGACUCUGAAUGAAAUGAAGGUGACGAGACGGCUACAAGGGGGAUGGGCUUCUCUGGAGGCGGAGCCUCUGUACUCCACCCACACUGUGGGCCUCUACAUGAUGAUCUCAGUGCCUUCUAGAGGACUAACCCUCAUCUGGGACAAACACACCAGACUUACCGUCAUACUGGACGACCGUUGGAGGAACCGAGUGUGUGGACUUUGCGGGAACUUCGAUUCCAACGAGAUGAACGACCUGCAGAUAAGCGGGUCAUCGGUGGUGUCCAGCCCCCUCGCCUUUGGCAACAGCUGGAAGACGGCCACACCCCCCUGCUCUGACGUGACCAAUGAGGUGUUUCCGUGCCAGCGCCACUCCUACUGCUCCGCCUGGGCCGAGAGACGCUGUAUGAUCCUCAGGGGAGACACCUUUAAGGACUGCCACUUGAAGGUGGACCCAGAGCCCUACUACCAGGCCUGUGUGUUGGAGUCGUGCUCCUGUGAGUUUGAGGGGAAGUUCUUGGGUUUCUGUACGGCCGUGGCGGCCUACACUGAGGCCUGCAGUGACCAGGACGUGUGUGUCCGCUGGAGAACGCCAGACAUGUGCCCGGUAUACUGCGACUACUACAAUGAGCAGGGCCACAGUAGUUGGCACUACGAUCCCUGUGGACAUAUCAAGACCUGUGGCAAAAACAACCUCUUCAAUGGCAAGCUGGAAGGCUGCUACCCGAGAUGCCCAGCAGAGGCUCCAUACUAUGAUGAGAACACAAGGAGAUGCUCCACUUUGGACAACUGCACCUGUUAUUCCAACGAGACUAUUGUUAAACCUGGUACAGUUAUCAGGACACCCACUGAGAAAUGCACUUGUGAACAGGGACGUAUUAACUGUGGACCAUCGACUGAAGCUACAACCCUGUUCACAAGUCAACCAACAACCUUCUCUACACGUUCUCCCACUACCUCUGAAUCGACAACAUCUACGGGUCCAACAACCAUGUCAACAACAAUAUCUACAGAGUCUACAACACGUACAAUUUGUGAGUGUAGAGACCUGAAGAGGAACCAGAUAUGGGCGUGUGGAGAUAAGUGGACAGAAGACUGCUUCAGUAAGACUUGUAAGGGUGGGAAGAUAGAGAUGACUUCGGUCACCUGUCCGAAUCCAGUUCGCCCCACCAUGUGCCCCAGGGGACAGAUGGUCAGAGUCUCAGACGGAUGCUGUGACUACUGGAAGUGUGAUUGUCGUUGUGACCUCUAUGGAGACCCUCACUACAUCUCCUUCCAGGGUGUGACCUUUGACUUCCUGGAUAAUUGUACAUACAUCCUGGUCAAGGAGAAAACGCUGCGUCACCAUCUGACUGUUGCCGUGGACAACUACUUCUGUAUUCCCGAGUUGGACGGCUCCUGUGCCAAAGGCAUCAUCCUGCAGUACCAGAACAACACGGCCACUGUCAGCAUCGUACCGGAUGAGUACAGGGUGAAGUCUACUCUGAACCAGAAGAGCGUCGAGCCUCCCUAUGAGGAGAAUGGUAUCAGAAGUGGGGAGUCCGAAGCUGACAGCUGCUGUGAUAAGACCGCCUAUGACUGGAUCUAUGAGGACCCCCUGAAGCCUGAGUGUAGCGCUGCUCCCAGGGACGUCCCUUGCAAUCAUACAGGCCCUCCUCGAACCUCCAGCUGUCCUGGCAGCCCCCUCUGUGACCUUCUCCAUCACCCAGUUUUUGCAGAUUGCAGAAGGCAGGUGGAUCUGAGCCAGCUUGAGAGGAACUGUAGGUUUGAUUCGUGUGGGAGGAACGACAUGGCUUGUUCUCCUCUGGAGCAGGCUGUUGAGGAGUGUAAGAAAGCAGGCAUCUGUGUGAACUGGAGAACACUCACCAAUGGGACCUGUGCUGUUGGGUGCCCAACAGGGAUGGUGUACAGAGAGUGCCAAGGUCAAUUGGAUGACUACUGUCACGGAGGAGUCCGUGUUCAAGGGAGAGUACUGGAGGAAGUUAAGGCUGGAUGUUUCUGUCUCAGAGGACAGUUCAGAGCUGAGGAGCACAAGAAGAUCUGUGUGUCGGAGUGUCCUUGUGAGUGGAGAUUGGGAAUCUCUCUUGAGCCUAGGGCCAAAUCCUAA